CCGACCCCGCCCUCGGCCGGCCCAAGCACAAGCCCCGGAGCUACAGCUGCCGGGCGCCGGAGCGCUCCGAUUCCAGGCUGGUCGGUCCACUCUUCUGCCUCAGUCCCUGUGUGCCGCCGGAGCCCGAGCCGGACCAGGAGCCACCCGGCCAGUUACAGGUGUCCGAGCCAUGGAGCGGCCCCAGGCGAAGGAGCUCGCCCUGGCGCCUCUCCAGGAGUGGGGCGAAGAGGAGGUGGACGGAGCCGUGUACAAUGUCACCCUGCGGAGACAGCGCAGCCAGCGGCCCGGCCCGGGUAGGGGCCAGGCUCCGGAUCCCGGGCGCUCCGAAGAUUUUGUGCACUAUCGCACCUGCAAAGUUCGGGCGCUUCGCGCAGCGCCCCUAGAGCGGCUGGUGCUGGAACUGGUGCGGGGGGACCACGAACAAGACCCGGCCUUCGUGCCCGCCUUCCUGGCCACGCACCGGGCUUUUGUCCCCACCGCCCACGUACUGGGCCUCCUGCUGCCGCCUCGGCAGACCCCACAUCCCCAAGGAAAAAGACAGGGGGAGCAAGGUCAAGGUCACUCAGAGCUGAGCCAAGAGCAGGAGUCCAGGGCCCUGAUAGCUGUACUGGGCUCCUGGCUGCUGGAUCACCCCCAGGACUUCAGAGAUCCCCCUGCCCACGCCAACUUGGUCCGGGUUUGUACCUUUCUGAGUUGGGCAGCACCAGAGGGGCCAGAGAGCCAAGAAGCUGAGAAGCUACUGAAGCACUUCCAAGAGGAGGAAGAGGAGGAGGAAGAGGGGGCCAAGAAGGCCCCGGAAGUGCCAGAGCCUUCUCACUAUGAGUUUCCAGGCCCAGAAAAUCCCCUGGAGGAGGAAGAAGAAGAACAUAUUAAGGAGGGCCCAGAGCUGCUGGAUUUCAGUGUGGAUGAAGUAGCUGAGCAGCUGACCCUGAUGGAUAUGGAACUUUUUUCUCGAGUAUGCCUUUGGGAGUGCCUCGGCUCUGUGUGGUCUCAUCGGGAUAAAGCAGGGGGCCGUGGGACUGCCCCCUCUGUCCGGGCCACUGUGGCCCAGUUCAACGCAGUAACUAGUUGUGUCCUGAGCUCAGUGCUGGUGGGACCAGGACUGCCCCCUCCCCAUCGGGCCCAACGACUGGAGAAGUGGAUCUUCAUUGCUCAGCGCUGUAGGGAGUUGAGGAAUUUCUCAUCCCUGCGAGCCAUCCUCUCAGCACUGCAGUCCAACCCCAUAUACAGACUCAAGAGGAGUUGGGGAGCUGUGAGCCGGGAGCCGAUGUCUAUAUACCGGAAACUCUCCAAUAUUUUCUCUGAUGAGAACAAUCACCUUAAUAGUCGAGAGAUUCUCUCCAAGGAAGAGGCCCCCUUGAUUUCCCCUGAAGAGGAGAUAGCUCCAGGAGUUCCUCCUGUGAAAGUGCCCCCUGGUCCCAUCCCCUACCUGGGUACCUUCCUCACUGACCUUGUCAUGCUGGACACGGCACUGCCUGACCUACUGGAGGGAGAUCUUAUCAACUUUGAGAAACGUCGGAAGGAGUGGGAGAUCCUGUCCCGGAUCCAGCACCUUCAGCGUCGCUGUGGGAGCUAUAGCCUGUUAUCGAGGCCACCUGUUCUGGCUGCUUUCCGUGCCCAGCGCCCCCUCAGCGAGGAGCAGAGUUACCGCCUGUCCCUCAUCGAGCCUCCAGCUGCCUCCUGUCCCACCUCCCCCAGGAUCCGGCAACGGAUAAGUCUCACUAAAAGACUUAGUGCCUGUCUCGGGGAAAGGGGCUCCUCUCCCAACCACCAGCCUGGGGAUCCUCCUCCCAGCCCCAGUCUCUCUUCAGGUUCCUACCCACGCCAGCCCUGGAGAUGGGACCCCCUGACCCACCCUCCUUCAUCCCCGGGGGCAACUGGUCUGGGACACAAGGGUACCCAGGAGCUGCCCUGGGACCUGAAGCUCCUGAGCUCCAGCAGCCCUCACCUCCCCGGGAGCAGCGGCCGCGCUUCCCACCCAGGACAGCAGCCUCCGGAAGCCUGUGUCAUCAGAGUCAGCAUUGACCACGACCCUGGCAACUUGUAUCGGAGCAUUUGGUAAGGAGGAGGACUCACUAGCCAGGACAAAGCAGGUGUGGUUCUCCGAGCCCUUCAGAAGCUGCACCUGGAGCAGCACAGCCCUGACUAUCAGCUGUUCCAGGUCUUGCCUGGGGACCGGGAGCUCCUGAUCCCAGACAAUGCCAAUGUGUUCUAUGCCAUGAGCCCAGCGAGCCCCGGGGAUUUCGUGCUGCGGAAGAAGGUGGGAGCUCGGUCCCCACCCUGAUGACCGGCUCUUCUGGCUGGGAGAGCCCCAGGCUGGGACCUGUCUGAGGCUCAGGGCCAGCCUGGGCCAUCCUAGAGGGAUGUCUGGCUGGACCGAGGCUCUGAUCCCAACAUGAUCCCUGGUGUCCCAUAUCUUUGUCUCUGUGUCCUCUCUGGGAAGCUGCAGGACAAGGAGAGGGGAAGGGGAUUGAUUGCUUGUAUGUGCAGGCCGUUGGUCAGACCACUAGAUGGCAGGCUGUCUAGGGUUGGGUGGCAGGGACCCAAUGGAAAUUGAAACCCAGACCUCACGUUUAGGUGGAGAGGGCAGGGUUACAUCUGGAGCAUCCAGGACCCCCCUUUUUCCUGCCCCACCAGGGCCCCAGAUACCC